GUCAAUUACACCGAAGACAGAAAUGUAAACCAAAAUACUUAAUUUAUUUUUAAUCCCAUGGAAAUUACUUCUAGAAUAAAACACCUGUCCAUCUGAUGGAUAACCCGGCAAAACUAAAUAUGUCCUAUAUCCCGUAACGUCUAAAAAAAUUCCUUAAGUUUUUAAAAUGGCUUGUUGUUGUAGAGCACAGGGUAAAUCAAAUAAAUCUUCGGCGAGUUGUUUAGGCCGCUGCGAUCUGCCGAAGCACAGAUGCUUAGAUAGAGAGGAAAUAAAACCAGGUCCUGUGCCAAAACACAUGGGAUGGCUGUACACCGCCAGAGAUGCCCCUGAACACCAAUUGAGAUGCGGCUGGCGACCUGGUCACAUCUCCUGCCCGGUUCUCAGAAAAAUUGAGGCGCACAAUUGCGUUAAAAGCGAGUGCACCCCUUCACCUUCAAUAUGUUGUCGAGCGACAUGUUCCAAACCAUGUUGUUUGCCUCCCAAAUGCGUUACCGUCUGUCCAUCGACGCUGUCUUGCUGCAAACAAUCUCCAUGUGGCCAAGCUCUCAUAAGAAUCGUCAGACAUGGUGGAAAUUACAGUAUCAUCACCAAACCCUCUAAUGUUAGCAAUGCGCCCUCAGGGCCUUACCCACUGAAGUAUGUUUUAAACGUUGAUGAUGAAGAAGCUGGACCUGGAGGUCCAAAUCCUCCACCAGCAGCAAAAUACAGCGUGGAAGCAAAGUUCAAUGACUAUCAUUUCGAUUACACUAGUUCGCAAUCAUCUUUUAUACUAGAUUUCUCACCACCUGAACAACGGUGCAUUAAGCCUUGUCCGAAACGAAGCAUAAUGUGUAUGUUAUGCAGGACAGAUAAAUAAUAAUUUGAAAACAACUUUUAAGAGCCAACAAGCAGAGGUUCUAAUAAUAAAGGAUAUUGGCAUAGUUUGAGGAAAUAAAAAAUAACAUUUAAAGUAUAAUAGUUUAUACAUAACAAUGGACACUUUUAUUUUUGUUUUGAUCAAGUAUGUAAAAUAUCGGAUGAAAAGAAUGGUCGUCCAAACUAUGUUACGAUUACAAACUCAUUAAUGACGUUUCACAUGUAAGGUUUCAUACGUCAAAUCUAUCUUCAGUGAUACUUUCUCAGAUUUAAAUGCAUAAUUACUUUCGUCAUUAAAUAACAUA